AUGUCGCCAGCCCACUCCCCGGACCACCAGCUCCCUUUGCCCUCGGACGAAGCAGAUGGCAUGCGCCAAACAGUCCUGGCCGAUGAUAGCAGCUCCGGUCAACCACCCAUGUACAACUCGCCAGCUGAUUGCGGCGUGAAUGAAUCAUCCCCCAGCUUCAUCUCCGGCGAACAUCAGCAGACUCACAUGGGUUAUCAUGAUUGCCAAACGGGGAUGAUCCAAGGCGAGCAUCAUGGACGGGCCAUGCCCAUGAUGCAGAACAUGCAAGGAGCACCAAGCUUUUAUUCGCCAUCGUACCUUGCUGCCGUGGAUGCUGGGCCGCAAUAUUCUUCUGGUUUCCCCCAGUUUGGCCAGGCCGGAUGCUUCGCGUCCCAAGAGGCAGCGGGCAUGCCGCAGAUUUCCACAAUGAUCCUACCUUACAAUGGCAGAGCGAGAACGUCGACGUCCACUCGGGGUCACACGGAGUCUAAGUGGACGGACGCGCACGCCGAGGUUCUCCGCCAAGGCAAGCAAGCGGGCAAGUCGGUCCCGGACAUCAUCAAAGAUCUCUACCAGAUCGACGGCGUGGAAAGAACACCGAACCAGGUGUCCAAGAGAUGGGCAAGAAUGAGGGAAAAUUGUGUGAAGAAACAUGACAUGGACUCGAUUGUCCACGCUGUAUGUCCAGAAAUGGUUCGAAUGCUCUUUGGUGAGCUGUCCAACCUCGAUGUUGCUGGUAUGCCCAACUUUGGUGUCCACCUGGCCGCAGCCGAGCGCCAGGCUAAAAGCAUCAUGGGAAAGCACGUGGCGAAGGGCGUGAAAGAAGUCGUUUUGAGUAUCUCCAGCAAGGAAGUGUUGCGCUCCGAGUAA